CUAUAUACACAGUGGAUAUAAGUAUGUUGCAUGCUGGUUGUGCAGCUUUUUACUUCAGCAUGUUUUGAAGGUAUCUAUAUUUCCUCGCGUGUCAACGAGGUGAAUUUUGCGCAUAAGGAAACUGCGUCCACAAAUGUAUCGCUAUAUUUGCAAGGAGACACUUGUCAAUAAUCUUUGGUUGUUCCGGUCUUUUAAAUGCAGGAAAAUGUUCUCUGCCCUGGCCCCAGUUGUCGAUGAGAACGUCGCUGUUCCAGUUCUGGAUAACAAAAGGCUGAUAGAAGAGCCGCCAGAGGAUAGCGAUAACAAGAAACAAAAAUUGGAUAAUGCGGACAGAGUGAAGAAGCGAAAAGUGGCAAUGCUUUUGGGUUAUUUGGGAAAAAAUUAUUACGGUAUGCAGAGAAAUCCACAAAUGAAAACGAUAGAGGAGGACUUGAUACAGGCUUUACUCCAAGCAAAGCUCAUAAAUGAUGAAGCUUUUGAAACUAUACAGACAAUUCAGUUUCAAAGAGCCGCUAGAACAGACAAAGGUGUUUCUGCAGUCAGACAGGUUGUCUCUCUGAAACUACCUGAGCAUGGGAAGAAGGAAGAUAUAAAUGCGUUUUUGCCCGAAGAAAUCAGAGUUUUUGGAAUAAAGAGGGUAACGAAAGGUUUCAACAGUAAAAGCAGCUGUGAUGCUCGGUCUUAUAUCUACACGAUGCCAACUUUCGCCUUUGCAAAAAAGCCGCCAGAUUCGGAAGUGCUAAACGAGGAAUAUGACGUUGAUAAAAAAAUUCAGGAGCUUUCUGUUAUCAAUGGAGAACCAUUCCACAAGUACCGGAUACAGCCAGAUGUACUUGAGAAGGUCCAAUCGAUGCUGAAACUGUUUACGUUAAUAGCGCGAAUAACAAAUGGUGAAUUUUUAUUCGCAGAAAACCAUUGGAUCCGUCUGCAAUGAGAUAUAUGAUAGAUUGCUCGUGUAGCGAUCCGUUCGUCAUCAAUGAUAUGGAAUUUGUUACUCUUAAGAUCAAGGGGCAAAGUUUUAUGUUGCACCAAAUUCGAAAAAUGGUUGCAUUGGUCAUAGCCAUUAUCAGA